GCCAGCGCAGUCGCCGGAGCCGUUUGUUGUGUCGUUGGUGGGAGCUCAACAUUGGGACAUUGGGAUCCCAAGGCUUCUCCCAAGCUAACACAAGUCUUGAACGACGUCCUGACCUGGGAAGGCGUUGUGGCCGAUGCAAAGCUCUGCACUGGCGAGCAGUUCAAGUUCUGCAUAUGGAACGGACAGACACAUGAGUAUGUGUGGGAGGAGUCUGGUUCCAUGCAUGCCAUGCCAACGGUUGGUCUACGAUUGCAAGCAGUUUUUGAAGAGGCGUCAUCCGAUACCACAUCCAAGUCAGCCGCAGUGCUUUCUCCUUCGGCGCAGACGGAGAAGCUCUGGAAAGUGGUGGGUGGCAACACCGGGGGAGUUUUGGUGCGAGACGGCUGCCCGUUGACAUCAACGGAACUGGGGCGACUGAGCACAGGGUCGCUCGUUCAGGAAAUCCAGAUCAUCAACGACAGACUGCAUUUCCAGAAGCUGUCUGGUGAUGGCCCUGCUCAUGGCUGGAUCAGCCUGCGAUUGAAGGGUAAGGAUUUGGUAGCAAGAACCUCUCAGGUCCAGAGCGAGUUGGGUACCAGAAGCAACGAGCAAGAGAAAGUGGAAUCGGGAAGGCAGACGCAGUCAGCAGCGGCGACCGUCGGAAAGUUGAAGAUCCAGGUCACCGUGGAUCAUGCUCGGUCACCGAAGGCUGCUGAAGCUGGAAAGCUUGACAGCGCAGCUUGCUGUCUGGUCGGUGGCAUUCCUGCGCUUGGUUCGUGGGACCCCAAGCAAGCUCCGAAGCUUUCCCAGCGACGUUUAGAUCGUUCCACGACCAUAUGGGAAGGCUGUCUCGAUGGCAUAGAGGUGGAUGCUGGCGAGCAGUACAAGUACUGCAUCUUUGACUCGACCAAGCAUAUUUACGUCUGGGAAGAGUCGGGUCCAAUGCACUUCUGGCCAACAUCUGCUGCAGUGCAUGAGUUUGAAGCACAACAGGUGGAGGCCGCGCCAGUGGCAGCAUGGCCGCCACCAACCACUGUACCGCGAAGCGCUCCUGUGGCUGAGUUGGGCUCAGGUGCUGAAAUUUGGAUCCCGUGGACAGAGCACAAGCGGUCUCCCGAGGUGCCGCACAGCAUACUCCACGCCUUCCACUGGCCGUUUGCGCUUGCUUCAGAGCGCCUUCGUGACAUAGGAGAGUUGGGCUUUGCAGCGGUCCAAAUCAGCCCAGCACAGAAGUCCAAAGCUGGUGGCGAGUGGUGGACACGCUACCAGCCCCAAGACUAUCUAACCAUUGAUGGCUUGGGAUCUUGGGAAGAUUUGCGAAAGCUCAGCAAAGAGGCAGACAGCAGAGGACUUCUCGUCAUAGCCGAUGUUGUAUUCAACCAUAUGGUGGUUGUGGCCAAUUGCCAGGAAUGGAAAAGUGCACAAAAGUCUCCACAGCAGCUCUCUGCACUGAAACGUCGCUUAUCUGACGCUGUCGGUCCCGUUUUUGAUGCUGAAGACUUUCAAUGGCCUUGGUUCGAGAUGAGUGGUGAACAUUGGGACAACGACAAUCGGUACGAGGGUUGGGGCAACGGCGAAUGGUCUGAGCUGCGGCACUGCGAGAAGGUGGUCAAAGUUCAACAGCAGCACUUGCAGCUGCUUUUGGAUGCAGGUGUGCGUGGCUUCCGAUUUGAUGCAGUCAAGCACAUGCGUCCCGAGCAUCUGGCUGAGCUGCUGUCUUACAUUCGACAGUCUGGACAAGCGCGUUUCGCGUACGGUGAAGUUCUGAGCGUGGAUGCCUCCAUGCAUUCGGAGUACAUGGAAUCGCUGGCCAUGCCUUCGACGGACUUUCCCCUGACUGUAUACAUGAACCAUAUUCUGAUGAAUGGUCAGGAAGCUGCUUCGGAAGAUGUUGCUACAGCAUGUGCCAAAGCUGCACACACAGAAGGUCUGAAGAUACGACAUGGAGAGUCCGACAUGCGUCCCGGUCUGUGUGGAAAUUCCAUUCGCUUCGCUCGAAACCACGACACAGUAAUGAAUCCUGGAUCAUUUUAUGGACUCAGUGGUUCUUGCCUCUCUGCGCGAACCUGCUGGGCUUGGCUCCUCUCUCUUCAUGACGGGUCUGUCCUUGUCUUCCCGGAGGACCUGCAGAGUGAGGUGAGUGCGCCUCUGAUUUGCAGGGCUCUCCGAUUCCGUGCAAAGCUGGCUAACGUGGCAAGCAGUUCUGAAGUGGGCCUUCUGUAUUUGGAAGCAAACGGCCCGCCUGGAUUUUUGAUGGUAGCUCUGAGAAGUUCGGAGAGGCAAGUGUGUGGGUUGACUCUGAUCAAUCUGCAGCGCACAGCAGUGAAGGUGACAUCCUGCUCUCUUUUCAAGAAGCUAGGUCCUUGUAUUUUCCAAGAUGAGCAGGGUAGUACCGUGAAGAUACAUGAUGACAUCUUGGAGACUGGCGCAGAAGCCGUCUCAGUUCAAGCUUUGGAUGCUGCGUUUCUCGUCGCGACGUAA